AUCUUUGGCUUUGUUGUUGUCACUAAGCAAGAACUAGAUGGCCGACUAAAAACACGCCCAAAUACAAAGACAAAUCCCUCAGUAAAACGUCACAUUUUUCGUGCGUUUUAUGGAAUUUUGUAUUGUCUCACGUACACGUGAGUUUAAUUCCAACUGGAUGAAUCAACAGCUAUCAGUAAACACCUCCGCUAAGAUCCGGUAUAGUUUUUGUGGGCCCGCUGAAUGAGUCCGCAUGGGAAGUGCGGAGUCGUGUUUCCACUCAGCGCCGCGGCGGAAUAAACACAGCGGCGUUUAAAGAAGUAAACACAGCAGCUUGACGCGGUGUUUAAAGAAGUAAACACAGCAGCUUGACGCGGUGUUUAAAGAAGUAAACACAGCAACUUGACGCGGUGUUUAAAGAAGUAAACACAGCAACUUGACGCGGUGUUUAAAGAAGUAAACACAACGACUUGACUCUUUAGCAUCUUUGCCGUCGUCAUGUUGAAGUCCAAGUCCUUCGUGAAGAAGACGCGCACGGGGAAAGUGAUGAAAAUAGUGCGCGAGCAUUACCUGAGAGAUGAUAUUUGGUGUGGAAGUGAGGUGUGCGGCGAGUGUGCGCAGGAGUGCGGCGUGUUGCAGAGAGAUGCCCGCAUGGAGAGUAGUCUGUGCUCCUUCCCGCAUUACCUGCUGCCCGACACCAAUGUAGUCCUGCAUCAGAUUGAUGUGCUGGAGGACCCUGUGAUUCGCAACGUGAUCAUCCUCCAGACGGUACUACAAGAAGUACGCCACCGCAGUGCGCCAAUCUAUAAACGCUUGAAGGACCUCAUAAAUGAAAAAGAAAGAUACUUCUACACCUUUACCAAUGAACACCACAGAGAAACAUUCAUCGAGCGCGAACCCGGGGAGAGCGCCAAUGACAGGAACGACCGGGCAAUCCGCGUAGCGACCAAAUGGUACAGCCAGCACUUGAACAAGUCUGACGCCGAUGGCCUUAAUGUGGUACUCCUUACUAAUGACCAGGGGAACAAGCAGAAGGCAGAAGAGAGCGGUCUGCUGGCGUACAAAUUUGAGGAGUACGUCAAAGGCUUGAUUGCAAAUCCUGAGCUGAUGGAUCUCCUGUCGUUGUCAAACGAUGACAAGAACGACAUCACCAGCAGUAAAGUGCUAUUCCCAGAGCACUUACCGCUAUCCAGGAUCCAGGCAGGCAUCAAAAGCGGCUCCUUUAUCCAAGGGACCUUCAAGGCCAGCAGGGAAAACUACCUGGAGGCCACCGUUUUUAUCCAAAAAGAUGACGAAGACGGCACAGAGGUCCUCAUCCAGGGUCUCCAGAACCUCAAUAGAGCCGUGCAUAAAGAUGUGGUGGCUGUGGAGCUGUUGCCUUCCAGCCAGUGGGUGGCGCCCUCUUCUGUUGUGCUGCAGGACGUGGGCGCUGCCAAGGAUGACGGGGAUGAAGAAGAGGAGCAAGCUCUGGGAAGCUCAGAAGGGGUGGCGGACAAGAAGCUCACGGGCAAAAUAGUGGGCAUCAUCAAGAGGAGUUGGAGGCCCUUCUGUGGCAUGCUCAAUGUCUCCCAAAUUAAAGAGUCCACACGCCACAUUUUCACACCAGCAGACCGCCGCAUUCCACGUAUUCGCAUCGUAACACGCCAAUCGUCCACGUUGGCAGGCCAGAGGAUCCUGGUGGCCAUCGACGGCUGGCCCAAAGACUCCAGAUAUCCAAACGGUCACUUUGUCCGUAGCCUGGGCCCCGCCGGGGAGAAGGACACCGAGGAGGAAGUCCUCCUGCUGGAGCACGAUGUCCCUCAUCAGGCCUUCUCUAAAGCCGUGCUCAGUUUUCUCCCCAAAAUGCCAUGGUGUAUCAAACCGGAGGACAUGGUGGUGAGGGAGGACUUGAGACAUCUGACCGUGUGCAGCGUGGAUCCUCCAGGAUGUACGGACAUUGAUGAUGCUCUGCACUGCAGAGAGCUGGGCAAUGGAAACUUUGAGGUGGGAGUCCACAUCGCAGAUGUCAGUCACUUCAUCAGACCUGGAAACGCUCUGGACAAAGAAGCCGCCUGCCGAGGAACAACGGUUUACCUCUGUGGCAAGAGGAUUGAUAUGGUUCCUGAGCUGCUGAGCUCCAAUCUGUGUUCCCUGCGCUCCAACGUGGAGAGGCUGGCUUUCUCGUGCAUCUGGGAGAUAAACCAAGAGGCGCAAAUUGUUAAAACACGCUUCACAAAAAGCGUCAUCAAUUCAAAGGCGUCUCUGACCUACGCGGAGGCCCAGAUGAGGAUCGAUGACACCAGCAAGAACGACGACGUCACCAAGAGUCUGCGUGGCCUCAACAAGCUCGCCAAAAUCCUCAAAAAAGGGAGGAUAGAGAAAGGGGCACUGACGCUGUCCUCCCUGGAGGUCCGCUUCCACAUGGACAGUGAAACCCACGACCCCAUCGAGCUCCAGACCAAAGAGCUCAUGGAGACCAACUCCAUGGUGGAAGAGUUCAUGUUGCUGGCCAACAUUUCAGUCGCACAGAAGAUCUACGACGAGUUCGCAGAUUGCGCCUUGCUGAGGAAGCAUCCAGCACCACCGCCAUCCAACUACGACAUCCUCCUCAAAGCUGCCAAGUCCAAGGCGGUGCACAUCCACACGGAUUCAGCCAAGGCGCUGGCCGACUCGCUAGAAUUAGCCAAAGUGGACGACUUCCCGUACUUCAACACGCUCCUGCGCAUCCUGGCCACUCGCUGCAUGAUGCAGGCGGUCUACUUCUGCUCGGGCAUGGACCGGGACUUUCACCACUACGGUCUGGCGUCGCCAAUCUACACACACUUCACUUCGCCCAUCAGGAGGUAUGCUGAUAUUAUUGUACACCGCCUGCUGGCCGUGGCCAUCGGCGCCGAUUGCACCUACCCGGAUCUGACCGACAAGCAUAAACAGUCGGCCCUGUGCAACAAUCUCAACUACAGACACAAGAUGUCCCAGUAUGCUCAGAGGGCGUCCGUGGCCUUCCACACACAGUUGUUCUUCAAGACCAGAGGCAUUCUGAGCGAGGACGGCUUCGUCUUAAUGCUGAGGAAGAACGCCAUCAUUGUCCUCAUCCCAAAGUUUGGCCUGGAGGGCACGGUCUUCUUCGACGGCAAAGACAAGAGAGGCACGAGCCUGGUGUUUGAUGCCGAGGCUCCAUCUCUGACUGUGGAGCAGCACACCUUCCACAUUUUUGACCGAGUGAAAGUCACCAUCACCCUGGAUGACUCCAACAUUCAGCACCAGAAGAUACGCAUGGCUCUCACCGAGCCAGUGAUUCCAGGUGUGAGUGUUCCAGUCCCAGAUGCUGGACCACAAGCCAAGAAAGCCAAGCUGGACCGCUGAUGCUCUCCUUCAACAACUCUCACAUCCCCGGACAUUUUAAUAAAUAGACUUCUUGUAUUUGUGCUUAUAUUUCUCUUAUCUACACACUUUUAACAUCAUGUUUUUGUGCUUAUAUUUCUGGAUGUACACACUUCCAUCCAUCCAUUUCUACCACUUGUCCCUUUUGGGGUCGUGGGGGGAAGCUGGAGCCUAUCUAGCUGCAUUCGGGCAGAAGGCGGGGUACACCCUGGACAAGUCGCCACCUCAUCACAGAUGUACACACUUUUUAACAUCAUGGGUUUGUGGUUAUAUUUCCCUAUGUACUCACUUUUAACAUCAUGUAUUUAGAUGGAUAGUACUUUAUCGAUUCCUUCAGGAAAAUAAAAAGAAAUUGUGGUUA